AUGGGUCAAAUCGCUCAGCAACUAGCUUCGAGUUAUCAAGCACAAGGUGCUCUACCCAGUGCAACCGUGACAAAUCCUAGAGAGCAUAAUAAUGUGAGCAUGGUGACAACAAGAAGUGGUAAAUCGGAUGAAGUUGUCGAGAAAGUGGAUGAAGAGGAAAACCAAUUGAUCAAAGUGGACCUUGAGAUCAAAGAAAAUGAAGUUGUUAGGGAAGAAAUGGUAGCACCGAAACCUCUGGUGAAAGAAACAGUCAUUGAGGCCAAGCUGGUUGUUAAGCUUCCCUUCCCCACUAGAAACAAGAAAAAGGGACAACAUGAGAAAAACUUUGAAAAAUUCUUAGAGUUGUUCAAGAAGCUAGAGAUUAACAUUCCUUUGUUGGAGGCACUUGAACAAAUGCCUACUUAUGCCAAGUUCAUGAAGGAUAUCAUUUUGAAGAGGCGUACGACCGACACUAACCCGAUUAUUCUAACCGAAACUUGUAGUGCUAUUUUGCAGGGUAUGAAGAUUCCGAUAAAGAAGAAAGAUCAAGGAGCUGUCACCAUCCCUUAUACUAUUGGAGAUAGGUCAUUUAACAAAGCUAUUAUUAAUCCGGGAGCUAGUGCGAGUCUCAUGCCAUAA